GUUUUUUGAAGAUGUCAGAUAGUGAUUUAGAUGAUUAUAAAGAUGAGUUGUUCGAACUUAUAACAGUAAAACCAAGAAAAUCAAAAUCCAAGUCUAAAAAAGCCAAUUCUAAAAAAAAAAAAACUAAAAAUGAUAUCAAUCAAUUGGAGAUCGAAAAAGAUGAUGAUAAUAAAGAUUCUAAAAAGGAUUUGAAUCCCAAUUUUAUGUUUGCCUUAGAUGAUGGCAUUUUAUCUAAUAAAUUUGAAGGUUGGGAUUUCGAUUUGAAACAAAAUGACAAUAAUAGCACCGAAGAGGUCAAUCUUAGGAAAGAGGUUGAUCUUGAUAAAAUUAUCAGACAAAAAGGUGGUUUAAUGAGCAAUUUAAUUGCUUCUGAUGAUGAGGAAGAGCAAGAAAACGAUCAAAAACCUCAAGAAAAAAAUGAUUCCAAAAAAAAUGAAAAAGAUGAUAGUGAUAGCGAAAGUGGAGAUGAUGAAACUGAACAAAAUGAUAACCAAGAAAACAAAAACCAAGAGCAAGAACAAGAACAAGACAAAGACAAAGACAAAGGCAAGGGCAAGAGCAAAGAAAAAGUCAGAAUUGAAGCCAAAGUCGAAGAUGAAGAUGAAGAUGAAGAUGAAGAUAAAACCAACGAAAGUGAAGAAGAUCUUGAACAAGAAAUUAAAAUGGAAGAUAAAAACCAGGAAGAUGAUGAUGAAAAAGACUCAGCUGAACAAAUUGCUGGUUUUUUUGCUUCAAAAGAAGAAUCCAAAGAAGCGACAAAUACAGUUCAUAAAGCAUUUAACUCAUUACAACUUUCUCGUCCAGUACUAAAAGGUCUAGCUGCAUUAGGUUAUACAUUACCAACCCCAAUUCAAUCGGCCACUAUUCCAAUUGCAUUGAUGGGCAAAGAUAUUGUUGCAGGUGCUGUAACAGGUUCAGGUAAAACUGCUGCAUAUCUUAUACCUAUAAUUGAAAGAUUACUAUUUAAAAACUCAAGGAUACCUACAAUCAGGGUGAUUGUUUUAGCACCAACUAGAGAAUUAGCUAUUCAAGUAGCAGAUGUUGGAAACAAAUUGACAAGAUUUGUGAAUAAUUUAACAUUUGGUCUUGCAGUUGGUGGUUUAAAUUUAAGACAACAAGAGCAAGAAUUAAAAAAGAGACCAGAUAUAGUGAUUGCUACACCAGGUAGAAUAAUUGAUCAUAUCAGGAACUCCACGUCAUUUUAUGUUGAUAAUGUUGAAGUUUUAAUAGUGGAUGAAGCCGAUAGAAUGUUGGAAGAAGGAUUUCAAAAAGAGUUGACCGAAAUAUUAUCGUUAUUACCUAAAAAGAGACAAACCUUACUAUUUUCAGCUACAAUGAAUUCUAGAAUUAAAGAUUUGAUUCAAUUGUCAUUGGAUAAACCAGUACGUAUUAUGAUUGAUCCACCCAAACAUGCAUCGAAUAAGUUGAUUCAAGAAUUUGUUCGUAUAAGAAAAAGAAGUGAUUUUAAACCUGCAUUAUUAUUCAAUAUUUUGAAAUCAAUUGACUCAAAACAACAAAGUAGAAUAGUUGUGUUUGUUGCAAGAAAAGAAAUGGCACAUCGAUUAAGAAUCAUUUUAGGAUUAUUAGGAAUGAAAGUAUCAGAAUUGCAUGGGUCAUUAAGUCAGGAACAACGUCUUAAGAAUGUAACAGAUUUUAAGAAAUUAAUUGUUCCAGUUUUAAUUUGUACAGAUUUAGCGGCCAGAGGUAUUGAUAUUCCCAAAAUUGAGUUUGUUAUAAAUUUUGAUAUGCCAAAAAGUUAUGAGAUAUAUUUGCAUAGAGUUGGUAGAACAGCAAGAGCGGGUAGAGAAGGUAGAUCUAUUUCAUUUGUUGGGGAGACAACAAGUGAUAGAAGUAUUGUGAAGGAAGCUAUCAAGAGUAUCGAGGAAUCAUCAAAGGAUUUACAAGAUAAGAAUAAAAAAAACAAAAAUAAAAAACAAAAAAAUAAGAAAAAUGUCAGUGACAAAACAGGAAGUAAUCAAGCAUUGAGCAGAACCGUGGAUUGGCAAAAAGUAGAAAAGAUUCAUACAAUUAUAAGUAGUAAAGACAAACUCAUCAAAGAAAUCUUGGAAGAGGAAAAAGAAGAAAAGGAAAUAUUACAAGCUGAAAGGGAUAUAAAGAAAAGUGAAAAUUUGCUUAAAUACAAAGCUGAGAUCCAAUCAAGGCCCAAAAGAACGUGGAUUGACAAAUCCUCGAAAAAACACAAGAGAGCCAGGAAAAAUGAAUAGCUAGGUAGAUCUUUGACCAGUAGAAAGAAAAAUAGAAACUUUAGUAAAUAGCUAGAUGAAAUAACAUUUAUUUACAGUAGGAAUAUAGUACGCAUUUUGAAAAUGCAAGAAACAAAAAUAAAAGUGAACCAACAGAAUGUAGAAUGAAAAGCAGAACCAGA